UCUGCCCACCCACAUGCUUCUAGUCCUGAGGCUCACGCGAGUUCUACUUCUACACCACGCGACAAUUAUGCUUAGCUCAGCAGCACAUGCUACCUCAACUGGUUGAUAGUUUGUCUUUGGCGCGCAGUUGAUAUCAACGGAAAGUACCAUUCACGAAACGAAUAUUACGUUGCGAUUCGAACGAUAUGGGUGGUAUUCGAUGUUCUACGGCGACGUAACAUUGCGCAGUUGUUUUGUUGCAUGCCCCCCAACAACGGCGCAGCAUCGCACGGCAUCAUGGGAUAUGUAGCGGCCCCCUACCGAGAUGGGUGGCGAUGUUGCUGCCGCCCAUCCACGUCACAUCGUGGGAUGGAUACCUAUCGCCACACUUCGCACGGAUGUAGAAAGCAAGAGUAUGCUGGCUGCCCGCCCAAACGACCAACCGUUUUCAGUUACCAGUUAACAGUCGCCGGACUCGGUCGCUCAGAGAAUACACUCCGCGCUAGUGGCGUCACUAACGGAAGGCAAGAAGAUCAGGUGGUUUUGAACGUUUCGUCGUGGCGGUUGCUUACCUGAGGUGUGUGUGCGUGUUGGGAUUUUCGCGAAAGAUUGUUUGCCAAUACACCGCGAAGUCUGUGGAGCAGGCCGGAUGGUCUUAUCAUUCAGCGAGGCGUGCGAUACGGCAUAGUGUCUGGCUAACAGACGUUUUUGAAUGGUGGUUGGGCUUUGGAUGCUGUGAAUGGAUAUUGAAUUGAGAGGAGAUACUGUACCUGUUGAGUGAUAUUGUACAAAAAGAUCUAGAAGCGAAGGCUCUUGGGGCAAAGAUCUGUUACCUUAGAGAAGAAUACUCAAUCAACUUUCGACAAGCUAAUCAGCACAUCAAGUGACCGUUUUUUUGAAUCGCGAGUUUAGAAAUAGAAAUACACCGAAUUGCACGAGUGACUGCAGACUACCUACGAUCUCCGUUUGUGUUUAUUUUCGUAACAAAUCUGUCAUUGCGCUCGUAGGAAGAUCUCGGUAAAUAUUGUGGUUAAGAGAUUUCAAGUGUGCGUUAUUUUUAACAUACAACAAGUGUUCCGGAUAGAAGGAGUUAUACCGUUUGGCAGCAUGUUUCCAACAACAGCCAGCUUGGGCAAGUUCUACAACCGUUUGAGCAUACUGAUAACCGUAUUCAUUACUGUGAAUCUUGCCAAGAUCAGAGCGGAAAACUGCGGUCAGGAAGAAUUGGCCACAUGUGCGAGGCCCUUUCAAGUUCUACAAUCGUCGACGGACCUAUCGAUAGCGACCAAAAAAGAGGAGUUGGAUAAAAUAUGCCCCGAUUUGACGAGGGGCCUACACUGCAUCCGGAGCUACACCCGACGAUGCAUGACACUGGAGCAGCGUAAUCGUUUCAAUAAACUCUAUAAUGGCACCCAUCAAUUCGUGCGGGACCUAUGCCGAGAGGGACCCUACCAGAAUGAAUUCCUAACGCACGCCCCCUGUCUGCAGCGGGUACGACCGGAUUACGAGGUAUGCGGCCGGAAAUACCACAACACGGUCUCGGUCAUAACGCAACACCAGCAGCAACAGCAACAGCACCACCAGGCUCGCCACGAGAGGCAUCACCAGCAGCAACCGAACCAUCACACCGCGGCCGGACGGGACGCCGAAGCGGAUGUGCGGACAGUGUGCUGUUCGUUCAUCGAGUAUCUGGACUGCUCGGAAAGCGUGGCCAAGAAAACGUGCGGCUGGGAAACGGCCAAAUUCACGCGCGGGUUCUUGGACAAAAUGUCGUCGAAUCUGAUAAAUAUGUACUGCGAAGAUUACUACAACUCCAACAAGUGCCCCUCGACGCAGUCCGCUGGCAUCAGCGUCAAACCUAGCAGCAUCACCAGCUUCCUGGUACUGCUGGUGCCAAGUGCGCUGUCCUUCGUGAGCACGUGCUUCUCCGGUUUCAGCCUACUUCGGUUACGAUAAAACCACGCUGUUGGGUGGUACAAGAUUUCCAAACUCCAGAAACAUAUCUCAGUAGGCGCACCACGCGAUCCCAGCUGUAGUCUCGAACGGCUCUCGUCUUACACCUUUAGCUAAACUUCCCUAUCCGCUCACUGCUCAGUCAUUUUGAAGACGUAAAUGACAAAUUUGUUAGCAUAGGUUAUGUAACAUGGAAGUGCGAGAGGCAAUUGAACACAUUGUAGACAACGCCAGCAGCUAAUGAACAAGCGAGAGUGCAAUUAGUAUUAAUUAAUUUAUUGACUUGAAUUAGUGGCCAGGGUUGAGGUGUUCCUAACCACUUUACCGUUCAUUUGUUAGAUCUGAAACAAAAAAAAAGUGGAUCACAGAAAGGGCGUGACUCAUAUUGUUAAAUUGACUUCAGUAGAGCUACAUCAAAGAUGAGCACCAUAAUAACUGAAGAUAAUAAUUAUUGAGCAACCGUUCCGUCUAUAUUAGUUUUAGAGUGCGUCAGGUUAGAUAAGGUCAGUUCAAGAAUUUAGUACGGUUAAGAUUACAAAAGAAUUGUACAUAUGAGAGUUUAUGUUGCUUACCAUAAAGUAGCCAAUGCCUAUGGUAUGAUUUAAAAAUGUAGCUUUAGGUAGUACUAUACUAAAAUUCUGAGUUAAUAUUACACAUGCAAAACCUUUAUUAAACAAGCUCCAUUUGUAAAAGACUAGCAAAUUUCAAUAAGAUGUAACAUAUUUCCCAUAAACUGAAACCAAAUAUUACAUGAUAAGUUAUUGAAAAUAGAUAUCAUUGAUUUUUUUGAAGAAAUAGUAAAUGAGAUUCUACAACUUUAUAAUACUAUAACAAUCCGAAU